AUGCUUCAGCAGCUGACGCGUGGAAACGCUCUUUUUCUCAUCUUAAUUUUGGGAAUUGGAGGAAGCUUCCAGGCAGGAUACCAUAUGACCUCCAUCAGUUCUCCCUCACCGUUCAUCAAGCACUUCAUCAACAGCACUUGGUAUGAGAGAUAUGCGGUGCCGCCACCAGGGAGCACCAUCACCAUCAUCUGGUCCCUCAUCGUGUCCAUGUUCGCCGUGGGGGGCCUCCUUGGUGCCAUCAGUGUCAAGUCCUUCUCGGGUCUGCUGGGAAGAAAAAAGGCGGUGAUCUGCAACAGCUUUAUUGCCAUUGCUGCAGCCACCAUCAUGCUGACAAGUAAAUGGGCCAAGUCUUAUGAAAUGAUCAUUGUGGCCAGAAUACUGUUUGGCUACUCAGCAGCUUUGGGAAUGAGCACCCAUCUGAUGUACCUCGGCGAGAUGUCACCCAGAAAGUUAAGAGGCGCUGUCACCAUGACCUCAGCGACCUUUGCUUCCUUUGGCAAACUAUCUGCUCAGUUUAUGGGCCUCAGUGAGAUCCAAGAGCUGUGGAACGUGGUCCUUUGCGUGCCUGCUUGUCUUUCAGUGGUCCAUGUGAUGGUGAUGCCUUAUCUUCCCGAAGCGCCCAGAUAUCUGUUCAUCGAGAAACGAGAUGACAAAGGUUGCCAAAAAGCUCUUCAGAGCCUCUGGGGCCAAGGUGACUUCAAACAAGAAAUGGAGGAGAUGUUGACUGAGCAGGCAACGAUGGAAGCGGCCCCAACUAAAAGUCCUCUCCUGCUCCUUCAGGACCAAACAGUCCGAUGGCAGCUUAUCACCAUGUCCACCAUCUACUGCUGCAACCAGUUAUCGGGCAUGUCCGUGGUCAGCACUUUUGCUUUUGAUAUCUUUCGAAGAGCAGGGAUCCCAACGGAUCAAAUCCGUUACAUUACUAUCGGACUUGGCAUAACGGAAAUGAUCACCUCCAUAUCAUGCGGUUUGAUAAUUGAGCAUGCAGGAAGGAGGCCACUCUUCUGGGGGGGUUAUGGCAUCAUGUGUGCAUGCUGGCUCUCGGUUACUGUCGUGCUCAACUUGAAAGGUUCUAAUGCCUGGGCCCCCUACCUGACUGCUGUAUUGAUCAUCCUCUUCAUCAUCUUCUUCUCUGGAGGGCCAGGGGCAGCAGCAGGAACCCUCAACAGUGAAAUCUUCAUUCAGUCCAAUCGGGUGUCUUCGUUUGUCAUCUUCGGGAUUCAGCGCUGGUCUGUAUAUGCCGUGAUGGGCCUGGCCUUUCCCAUACUUAUUAAUGCACUGGACACGUACUGCUUUGUGAUUUUUGCCUGCAUGUCCCUGCUGGGUUGCAUUUUCAUCUUCUUCUUCCUGCCUGAGACCAAAGGGAAGACGCUGCUGGAGAUCUCAGACCAGUUUAAAGCCAUCACCGUCUGUGGGAAGUCUUUUCAAAAAGAGAGCCAAAUGGAGACCAAGUUAUAGGGUCACACUGCAUUAGGCAAGAAAUAAAUACAUAUCAAAUCAAAGCCUGAUGACCGAAAGUGUUGCAUAGAUACAGUCCCUAAAAGUGAUACUUGAAAAAAGUAUGAACAAAUAAAUGAAUGCAACACUAAACAUCCUGAUAGCGCAGAGAGGAUGUGCGCCGCUAGAGGGUGCUGUUUAUGUUUCAAAAACCUACAGUGGAAUAUAAUCGCUAAUAAACAGAAUUGUACAGUUAAACUAAAUGUGUCUGACAAUCCUUGUUGUAAGAUGUGAUCGUUUUUUCUUGCAUUAGAAG